GAAAAAAGUUGAGAAGAAGAAGAGUGUCAAAUGAACUUUCAUGACCCAUCAUUUAUAGAGGCCCUUUCUUCUGCUGAUAAAAAGAAAGAAACGAAAAUAAUUCAAUCCAUAAAACAGAUUCUUGGGGAAAGAAAAUACUUGCUUCGACUUAUCAAGAAAUAUGCAAAGGGACAGAGCAUAGCAAUACGACUAAAUCGUCAACUCACGCAAGCAACUAAAGAGCUGGAAAAGAAAAUCAGGGAGUACAACACCCUAAGUAAAGGACAAAAAGUUUCAAUGGCUGAUGUGUCUGAACUGUGUGAUGUUGAUGACUCCAAAAAUGUUGCUUCAGAAGCUGAAAAAAUAAAAUCAUAAUAGC